UCGCUGCCGGGGCCGCGGCUGCCGCUGCUGACAACAAGAUGGCGGCGGCGGGGCCGGCGGGCCCCGAGAGCCGGGUGCUGGGUUAUACCCUGCACCGCUGGAGCAGCUUCUCCUCCACCUACCUGCCCGAGAAUAUCUUGGUGGAUAAGCCCAAUGAUCAGUCUUCAAGAUGGUCUUCAGAAAGCAAUUAUCCUCCCCAGUAUUUGAUUCUGAAACUUGAAAGACCUGCCAUAGUCCAGAGCAUCACAUUUGGCAAAUAUGAGAAAACGCAUGUCUGCAACUUAAAGAAGUUUAAAGUCUUUGGUGGGAUGAAUGAGGAAAACAUGACAGAUCUCUUAUCCAGUGGCUUAAAGAAUGAUUAUAACAAAGAAACAUUCACCUUGAAGCAUAAAAUUGAUGAACAGAUGUUCCCCUGUCGAUUCAUUAAGAUAGUUCCACUCCUGUCCUGGGGACCUAGCUUCAAUUUUAGUAUCUGGUAUGUUGAACUUAAUGGCAUUGAUGAUCCAGAUGUGGUCCAACCGUGCCUCAACUGGUACAGCAAGUACCGUGAACAGGAAGCCAUUCGCCUUUGCCUAAAGCAUUUUCGUCAGCACAACUACACUGAAGCUUUUGAGUCGCUGCAGAAGAAAACCAAGAUUGCUCUGGAGCACCCUAUGUUGACAGACCUGCAUGACAAACUGGUGUUGAAGGGAGACUUCGAUGCUUGUGAAGAACUGAUAGAAAAAGCUGUCAAUGAUGGCUUAUUCAAUCAGUAUAUCAGUCAACAAGAAUACAAACCUCGCUGGGGGCAGAUCAUCCCCAAAAGCACCAAAGGUGAUGGGGAAGACAGCCGACCAGGAAUGAGAGGUGGCCAUCAGAUGGUUAUAGAUGUUCAGACAGAAACUGUUUAUUUGUUUGGCGGCUGGGAUGGAACUCAGGAUCUGGCUGACUUCUGGGCAUAUAGUGUGAAGGAAAACCAGUGGACCUGCAUAUCCAGGGAUACUGAGAAAGAGAGUGGUCCUAGUGCCAGAUCUUGUCACAAGAUGUGCAUUGACAUUCAACGAAGGCAGAUCUACACGCUGGGACGCUAUCUGGAUUCCUCCGUGAGGAACAGUAAAUCUCUGAAAAGUGACUUCUAUCGCUAUGACAUUGACACAAACACAUGGAUGUUACUAAGUGAAGACACUGCAGCAGAUGGAGGUCCAAAGCUGGUGUUUGAUCAUCAGAUGUGCAUGGAUUCCGAAAAACACAUGAUAUAUACCUUUGGAGGCAGAAUUCUGACCUGCAAUGGCAGUGUUGAUGACAGCAGAGCCAGUGAACCGCAGUUCAGUGGAUUGUUUGCUUUUGACUGCCAGUGUCAGACAUGGAAACUUUUGAGAGAGGAUUCCUGUAAUGCUGGACCUGAGGAUAUCCAGUCCCGAAUAGGACACUGUAUGUUGUUCCAUUCUAAAAAUCGCUGCUUAUAUGUGUUUGGUGGCCAGAGAUCGAAGACUUAUUUGAAUGACUUCUUCAGUUAUGAUGUAGACAGCGAUCAUGUGGAUAUCAUAUCAGAUGGCACUAAGAAAGAUUCAGGGAUGGUUCCAAUGACAGGUUUCACUCAAAGGGCUACCAUUGAUCCAGAACUGAAUGAAAUCCAUGUCUUGUCAGGGCUCAGUAAAGACAAGGAGAAGCGGGAAGAGAACGUAAGGAAUUCCUUCUGGAUUUAUGACAUUGUGAGGAACAGCUGGUCUUGUGUCUAUAAGAAUGACCAAGCAGCAAAAGAGAAUCCAGGUAAAAGCCUUCAGGAAGAGGAGCCCUGCCCAAGGUUUGCCCAUCAACUGGUGUACGAUGAGUUGCACAAGGUUCAUUAUUUAUUUGGAGGGAAUCCUGGUAAGUCCUGCUCUCCAAAGAUGAGAUUAGACGAUUUCUGGUCUCUGAAGCUCUGUCGACCUUCAAAGGAAUAUCUGCUAAGACACUGCAAAUACCUCAUAAGAAAGCACAGGUUUGAAGAAAAAGCUCAGACUGACCCUCUUAGUGCACUGAAGUACUUGCAGAAUGAUUUGUAUGUAACUGUGGAUCACUCGGACCCUGAGGAGACAAAAGAGUUUCAGCUUCUUGCCUCAGCAUUAUUUAAGUCUGGCUCAGAUUUCACCACUCUUGGAUUUUCAGAUGUUGACCACACGUAUGCGCAGAGAACUCAGCUGUUUGAUACGCUAGUCAACUUCUUUCCAGACAACAUGACCCCUCCUAAAGGCAACCUGGUGGACCUCAUCACGCUGUAACGGAGCAAUCACUGGACAUGUGGAAGAGGGGAAAAGCAUCCAUUUUCAGUAUUUUAAUUUUUUUACUGCAUUGAUUGACUGCUGGGAUGAAGUAAUAUAGUAACCCCUAGGUGUUUGAAAGGGGUUUUAUACUUGUAUGGUGAAUCCCUGAAGCUUUUCCCUUGGAGUAGGUUAAUAAAAUGUAACUGACGUACUUCCGACUAAAUAUAUAUAUUUUUUCUGACUUUGGAUUUUGAGUUAGCAAAUGUAAGAUGAAAAGGUGGGGGGAAAGAUAAAAAAAAAAAACCCAAUCAUGAAGUGAUCGUUUUUGCCUGUAGAGGAAAACGGAGAUUUGUGGGUUGUCUGGAAUUAAAGAUGAUGGGUUUUAUUUUGGGUUUUGUGAGAAAGGGAGAGGAGGUUGUUCUUUGCUCAUUUGUAGCUAGUCAUGAUAUAUUGCUUUAUCCUACAACUCCAUCCUCAGCAGCUGAGUAACUUGGUGGCAGGACACUGGCACGCGUUGAGGUAAUAGUAAUGUAUGUGUCUUGAGUCUUGUAAUCGCAGUGUGUCAUGUGAAGGGGAGCACGUGUUACAAAUUAUCUGUCUCCUUGUCCCAGAAUCGGGCUGACAGUGGUGUCUAAUUGUAUCUGAUACCUGAUCUCAACCUGAAUGCCUACAUGCCUAUCCUCUGUUCUCUGGAGCCUUCCACUUAAACCUGACAGGCAAGUGGGAACCUCAGAGAAAUCACUGGAAAACGGGAGUGCGGUCGCCAUCUGCACAGGCCCCUCUUCAGGGAUUGUUCUGUUUUCGCUGCUGUGCUGUUCUGGUAAGAAACUGUGCAGGUCCUCACAGAGCCCAGCAGAACUGGGUCUUCCACCACACGCACACCCAACCUCUGCAACCUUACUCCCGGUUGGGUGUAGGAUUUCUGAAGCAGAUUGUCUUCGUUUACAUGCACCUAUGCCUCUGUGUGCGUUUGUCAAUGUGUAAAUGUAAAGAGGAUUGCUCCGAACAGCUUGUCUCCUUCCUAUGUAGUGCAGCUCAUUCACUUUUAAAUGCAUUUUAGACCUAGAUCUGAACGUGAGGGAGGCCUUUUUAGCAUAAAUCUCUUUGAAAGCAAGCUCAUGCAUAUGUAUAGAAAAUAUAUUCUUCCUCGCUGAAAGCCUUCUUUAUAAAUAAGGUAAGGGCUUGGUGCUGCACUAUGAAGUGGAAUGAAGGUUACGCAUACCCAGCAUUAGAUACUUUUCGCAUUUGGUGUCAGUGAGCAUUCAGUACAAACUGGCAGAUGUAAAUAUUUAUAUGAAACUACAAAGCUUUAUGUCCAGAAAUGUUCAUGCCAGGAGGGUAUCAUUGCUGCACCCACUGUGGCUACAUGACUCCUGUUGAACUUGAUGGAAGUCUUGUGUGUGCAAAGGUGAUUUGGACUCUUGAAAUAAAGAGUUAGUGAAGUGUCUUUUUCAGAGCUCGAGUGUCUGCUUGCUUUGAUUGCAUUGUAUUACCUCUUUAUCAUGUUCUUUGUGUGACUUUUGUAGUCCUGGUACGUUAGAAAUAACUUCAAAAUCUCAUACUAGUGUUCAGUCACUUAAGAACAAUAUGUUAGAGGCUGGGCUUUGCUUUGUCUUCAGGGAGGACUAUACAAAUAUAGUGUUUUUAAGUAACCUGUAACUUGAGUCUGUUUAGACAUUGUAUACUUCAGUGGAUGGCAAAUCAGAUGUCUGUGGAAGAAUCCGCUCAGUACAUAGUGCAGUAAAAGAAAUCUGAUUAAAUUGUUUCUUUGAAACAUUGCAUUAUUUUUUUUUUUUUCCAGUGACAUGGAAAGUUUUACGUCACCACUAGGCUUUACAAUGUGCUACCUUUGCUGACGCUUUGUUAACUAGUUAAAGUGGAGAUUAUAUGGUACGAAUGUGGAUGCUGGCAGUGCUAUACUGGGGGAAUAUUCCAACUGAGGCAUUGUUUCCAUUGAGAUUGAAUUGAGCACUUCUAAUGCAACCAGCCAAAAUGUUGCAGUCCUCUAGUACUAAAAACUAUAGUGCUGUUGUGCUCCCCUAUUGCUUGAUCUCAUUGCCUGUGUACUCUUCAACUUCAGUCAGAUGAUUAAUUGCUUUUUGUGACAGUUUUCUAAUCAGCCAAGCUCUUAGUAAACUUUUAUGCGUACACCUUCGAUGACUAUGUUGACGCUGAACCCAAGAGAUACAACUAGACUGAGGAGCCCCGGUGCGCAGGCAGUGGAAGUUUAGGAAUGCCAAAAGCUUUGUGAAUGGCGUUGGUGCCGAGCAGUGCAUCGUGUCAGGCUUGAUCUGUGUUAUAGAAAUUCGAUCAAAACUCAUUGUCCUCUGCGUCGGGGGUGCAUGCAAAGCCUGACAGCCUGGCUCAGUUUUUUGUAGCAUAGCAUAAAUGAAUGAUUUGUCUGAACGAGGUGAACACUGCUUCUGCAGGACUGACAAUCACAGCUAAUGAGAGCACUUCAGGAUGAUCAAAUAUUGACCUACCUUUAUCCUGAGCAGAUCGAUUUCAGCUCGCACGAGUACAGUUUAUGGAUUACAGCUGGUGAUUAACUAGCAGAAACAUUUGCUCAGCUUUGGAGUAUUUGUUGAGCAGCAGAGGCACCCUGUGGCCAGAGAGGUUAAUCCAAAGUGAAGGUUUCUUGUGGCUUUGCAAAGGGUCUUUCCUGGUACUGUGUCCUUAAAGCUAGGAAUCAAAAUUAAAUGAUUUCUUUGCAUUGGUGUAUGCUACACUACCUGAUUUAAAAACUAAUUAAAAAUUCUGAGCAUUGAAGUAUAAAUUUCCUUUCAAAAUAAGCCAGUUAUUAACAAGCAGUUACAGGGAGAGUUUGAAUUUAAGUACAUGCAGAUCUUCAAAGAUACUGGUGAUAUUCCAGGAAAGCAUUAGAUGUGGUCAUUACAGAAAUACUGAAGUACAAACAGAAAAAACCCUGACUUGAUCUGAAAACAGCCACCUGAAAAUGUUUCAUAGCCCAGUGCAUGCAGUGUUAUAAAUAUACAAGCUGUAUGUGAGAAGUCUUCGAACCUCACCCUUCUUGCUUGCAGGCUGUAGCAAAAACUGCUUUUUAGCUUAAACAAGACAAACAUACUAUAUUUACCUUUACCUUAUAUUAUAAGGUGACUUUUUAUAUGGAUUUAGCACUGUAUAAUCUUUGCACUACAGUAGUUUAUCUCUAAAUGAUGUGUUAACUUGUAAAUUAGGUAUUGCAAAAGAAAGCAUCAUUACCUGUCAGAGAGACUCAUUUAUGAUCACUGGGGUCUUUAAAGCCAAAGUUAUAAGGUUCUGGUAUGUUUUUUAAAGUUAUAGGAAGUCAGGGUGGGAUAAACUUGAUAUAGUCUUCAAGACUUCAGUCCUGAUUUAGCUUUUUUUUAAAAAAAAAAAAAAAAACCAACCUUUUGAGAUCCAUGAGUUUGGUUCUUCACUGACACUGGCCUUCAGCCUAGUUGCCCUUACAAUAUUAUUCAGCAGAUCAUCUCUUUGGAAAACAUGAAAUUAUUCUUUAUGCAAAGUUGUUCCUAUCAAGUGACACAUUUUCCUAGAGAAAUAAAGCCCUUCGGAUUUGAGUUUUGGUCACUUGGAUUAAGCAGAAUUAAGUGAGUUUCUUAAUGUUUGUCUUAUACAACCCCUCAUAGUAGUCACGAGGCAAAAGUCCUUAAGAGUUCUCCCAAAAUGACUUUUCCAGGCAAGUACUGCUAUCGCAGUGUGACCUAACUUGUUUUUAUGUGGUAGGUGGCAGAAGGACCUACUUAGAUGAUGUUGUUAAGAAUGAGAAGACUAUAGCCACCUUCUUAAUUAAUAUUGAUCCUGGGGAGACCUGGAGGGUGAUGCAAAGUGGUUAUUGAAAUUAGUUGUAGCUUUUCUCUUCUGGCUCUUUUAAAGAUAACAUUUGUGACAUUUAUUCUUAAGCAUCUCUUCCUUUUGCUAAGUGUAAUGAGGAGGGAGAACUUUGUUUCUGAAAAGGUUAGUUUGCCCUUUCUCUCAACAGCAUUGUGUAUGUGUAGUUUAGGUAGUCAUAUCCAGUUGUGUAAAUAAAUGUCUGGGAUUCAGUUCAGUUUGCCCAGGAUGGCUCUGUGUACACACAGGUACACGCUGGCUCAGGGCUCAGGCUGGAAGUUCCUACCAGAACACCGGUUAGCAACAUCAUACUUUCAUUUUGGAAAAUCAGUCUUUGAAGGCCCAGUUGGAAAGGCUUUUCUGAGGUAUUUGCCUUGUGCAGUGGCAACCAGAGGGAUAUUAGGAAACUUUCCUGAAGAGCAUACUAAAAGUUCCCUUUAUGAGGAUUGUACUGGAGUAAGGAUGCUGUGACAGGCUUAAAUUGCUGAAACUUUUUGAUCUCACUGAUUAUAAUAAACUAGCCUGAAAAUUUAAUGAUUGAGGAGUCAGUAAGCAAAUUAAGUGGACCCACCUAUUGGCAGGAGGGCAGGCUCUUUGCGGAGGUACGGGGGCUAGCGACUCCUUCCAAAGCAGAGUAAUGGCUCUGGGAGAGUGUUUUCCAUAGGGCUUUGUGGAACAGCCAUUUUCUGACUCAUAUUCCUGAUGUGUGCAAAUUUUUAGAAGCGAGUUUUCUUUGUCACAAAAUUGUACGCUGAUCUUGCCCUGUGGUGCAAACCUGCACUUGUGAGUGCCGCAGACAAGUGAUAAAUUCAGAGCAGUGUUCUGAGAAACACUUGAAACUUGUUUGCCGCUCUUAUUGUAAGAAAGAUUAGCAUUAGUGCUGCUUGUUUCAGAUGCAGGAGGGUGGCAGGUACCUGUAACGUUAAUACUAUUAAUUCUCUUGCUGCCUCCUGUAUUUCAGAACUGAGAAGGAAAUACUUUCGUCGAGCUUAUUGAGUGAAACUUUUAGCAUGAAUUAGCUCUGUGCAACCUUAAACUUGAAUGCUCCUACAUCUCUGUACAUGCAGUAAUUCUGUUGAUGUAAUGCUGUGCUGCUUCUGGGAAAAAUGGCAAAAAUUAUUAAAUACAUUUCCAUUCAGUACCUUUGUUUUUAGAAGUGGAAAAAUGUCUUGUGAAACCUUGAGUCCUGGUGUAUGCUUUGAAUUUUAGCUUCUUAGUUGUGUUUGGCUCAGAAUUAAGGAUUAUUUGGCUAUUGUCAAGUGAAGUCCUGACAGUAAAAGCAAUUCAUGUAUGUCUCUGGAAGUGCUUGUGUUGUUUUAUAGCGGUAGUUAUUACAGAAACAGAGGUGGGCCCAGUUAAAAAAAAAAAUUAUUGCUGUUCUGAUUAGGGGGAAGAUUAUAGAAACUCUGAAUGAGCUUGGCCAAUUUUAAUAAGUACACAUGAUCAUUUGGAGACGGGUCUUAUUUUGUGAAAGGAGAGUUUAAGAACAACUAUAUGACUUGUUCUUGAUAUAGAUUGAUAGUAGUAUAUAAGCUGUAAAUACAGUUGAAAUGUAAAUGUACUAUCAGAAGCUUGUUAGUGUAUCUCUAAAUGCCUAUGGGUAGGGUAGACCUGAUCAUAUCCUGUCAUGGAAAAGGUUGUGCUGGAAAUUAUUCAAGUUGUGCUAAUGACUUAUAGGCAAAAUCCCUGUUUUACUGAAAGCCUCUAUUAUAAUGAAAAGUUGGAGUGGAAAAAGUAGGUUUACUGUACUGGAACAAUUAUAAUAAUACAUGGCUCAGCGCUUGGAUAAAUUGAUUCCAGAUGCUUUUAUCUGUAGGCAAUGGAUCCAAAUGCGGUUUUAGAGUGGAAGCCAGUUAAUGACCUGCGUAUUGCCGUUUGAGAGUCCCACAAGAAAACGUUACAGUUGAUGCCAGCAGGUAUACUUUUGGUGUUCCUGGCAGAGGUCAAAGAACUGGAUGGAGUUUUGGAUUAUCCACGGAUGCUUUGAUUAUAUACGUAAACCUCUGAAGAGGAUAGUGGUUGUGUGGGUUGUAUAGAACACCAGCUAUAUGGCUUAGGUGUAGAGGUCUGCAAGGCAGCAUCUUCCCAAGCACAGAUCCAAAACGUGUUGCUGCUGUCUCCUUUGCUUUCAUAUGCUUGAACUGGUUUGUUAGCGAUGAACUCCAGAUACUUGCUGUGACCCGCAUUCAGGGCUCUGCUUCUGAAUAUCUACAGCCGCAGACUUGCUUAAGCUGCUGUCAGUACCCUGAAAUCUUAAUUUAUACUUGGUGCAGACAAAGGUACAUGUUUCCUUGGCUUCCAGCUGUUAGCUGUAAGUCAGCACAGCUUUUACUGAGGACCUGGAGACUGUAAGUAUUUGAGUCCUGUCAGAAAUCAGUUGACUCUGUUCAGCUCUAGUGUGGCAUCGCAGUUCAUUCCUGGGAGAGGUGGCGUGAGUGAAUAGCUCAAAACUGGCUCUACCAGGUUAGAUUUUUGGGUUUGCUACCAAUUUGAAAGGAAAAUCUAUCAUAGUUUAUAUGCUGUCCAGCAUGAUGGUCAAAGCAUGGUCCCUUGGGUAUUCCCCCAUUUAUUCUGACUUUUUCUUCCCCUGUGUGACUGUUCACUGCUAUUAAAAUGCUGUGCUUUCUGACUUCCUAAGUUUAAUGGAGCAUCUGCUGAAGAAUUAAAGGUUAGAGCUGUGUGGUGGUUAUUGAGGCAUCAGUUUCUCCAUGUCACAUCCGUGUCACAUCAUCAUACUCUAGUUGCUUCCUUUGCAAAACUCCUUACUGCUGCCUCUGAAACAGUCAGGGAGGAUCCCCGUGAUUUACAUUGUUCUCCCCAAGGGCAGUUCCUUCUCCAGGGUAAGGAUGGGGAAGCGUGGGAGCCGAUUUCCCAGCAGCAGCACGGUGUGCUGUCAGCGUAACACUGCAGCAUACACCUAUUUACUUGUGCCCCUCCGUGACCCCAACGUUCAGCACUGUGAUAAGCCUUCCCUCCUAUCUCAGAAGGGUUUAUUUUGCGUGGCCCCAGGAGUGUGACAGCUGUUUGACAGAAGAAAAAGGUGAUGAUACCAACCCUUAAGUUGUCCUAGGUUUCUGGCACUUGCUUUCAUCAUCCCAAAUCUUUCACCAGUGGAGGCAAACGGCUGGUAGUUGGGGUGUUUGGUUUAUUUCUGCAGCGUAGCAGGGCAGAGAGAAUGGGAAGAGAAAUAGGCUUGGGAUAAUGUAGUGGUGGCACAUGUGAGUAUGUGUUUAAAAUGUGGUCUGUCUUUUGUGGAAGGGCUUUGAAGACUUUUCUAGCAAGUAGGUCUGCUGUUUGGAGCCUAUUUUUUCAUGUGAGCUGGAUUCUCUGGCUCUUUUUCAAAUCGAAGUGAUGCAAUACCAGGAUCUUCUAGUCCUGGAACUUCGCCUCGAGCUUUGGCCCUCUUCACCCCAAAGACACCAGAGAGACUAAUACAAAAUUUUUUUCUCCCCAGUCCCUCUGCAGCGAUUGCAAGGAAGCCAGCUGGGCUUAACACUGUUCAAACAUACUGGAGGUUGUGCAGCACAACCAGCUAUCAGACCAGGUCUGGCCAUCUUAAGAGAUUGUUAAAACCUAAAAAUGUUCAGAGCUUUCUGAUGAAAGCUGCCAGUGACAUUAAGGGAGAUUAGCUUCUUAAUUAAUAUGCUGGUGGGGAGGCUAGACCACAAUCGUGGCUCCAGUCCUUGCAGUCUUCUCCAUGUCCCAAAUACCAAUGGACAGGUUUUUCUCCCCAGUGAUGAGAAAAUACACUUUAAAUAUCCUGACUUUGUAAGUAGCUGCCCAAGGGAUUCAAUCAAUUACUUUGUGUUUCACUAAAUAGAAAAGUGCUGCAGCGUGUGAACAGGGUCUGUUCAUUGAAGAAGCCACUUCAAGGCUGAAAAGUGGAUUUUUUUUUUUUGAGCUUUUGACAAAAAACCUCAGCUCUUAAAAGGGGAAAAUGGCUGUUACCAACCUGUGCUUUCUUAGUUGCAAGUCAAUGACUUGACUGCAAAUGCUCCAGUCUGAACAGCAGAUGAUCCUUCUACCUCUGCUUACCCUGCAGUAAUACAUGCUAGUCAAGAGAUGACAGCCUGAUUUCCUUCCCCAAGCACUGCGGAGAACUCUUAUACUGGAGAAGAGUUUUAUCUACCUUGUAUCUAACCAUGGAGGAGAUAACUAUUGUGCCGCUGACUCCUUUACCCCUUUUGUCUGCUGUGGUAAUUCGGAAGGCAAACUAGCAGUGGAGGCUGAAUAUUUUCCUUCAUCUGUCCCUCAUCAUUCCUAUCCUUCCUCCCCUCUCUCCCUCCUGUUGAUGUUUUGAUGUGCAAAACGCUUUUCACUUCAGAAGCUGCUGUGCUGGGUAGUGGAAAAGAAAACAAAACCCUAGUUAUUAGUAGCUGUUACUAUUUACUAAAGCUGUAUUUUCUGCUAUGUCUUCCAGCAUACCCUCCUCCACAGCAGGAAAUGAGGGGAUGCUGGGGAGAUCGUAGGCCAGGGGAAAGAGCUUAAUUAUACAAACAAUUGUGUUUAUGGGAGUCUUGAGUCAUGGAGGCCCCGAACCUUGCAGACCACUUUGCCCAGGGGCAGAAAAUUAAAGCCUGUUGGCUCGUUCUCAAUUAAUGGGAGAUGACGUUCCUAUCCUUGUGGGCUGGUAGUGAUGUGCAUCUUGCACAUUUAGAUGCUGAGAUGCAGCGUGCCUCAUUUUAGAAGUAUUGAGCCUCGGUAAAUGUUUUCCCUUUGAACAUCGUACUUUGAAACUGCUGAAAUAACCUCUCUUUUAGAUGAGUUGAUAGUGUAGUCAGGAUCUGGGUAGCUUGGGGUUUAACACCGAUAAGCUGGCUGGCUGGACACCAUCACCUGGUUAGGGGUGCUUUUUCAAGCUGUUUCUUUGAGCUGUUGCCUCUACUCUUACUGUAGUGCUAUACCGUGUGAUGGUCUGUUUGUCUGGACCUUCGAUGUUUAUCUUGUCCUCCUACACCCUCGUGUGGUCCCCAAAAGCUGGCUACCCCUAUGUAGUGCUUGGAGUUUUGAGUGUCCACCUCCUGUCCACAAUUUGGCCCUUUUUUCUGUUUUGGCAUCCGACUUGAAGCAUUUGCAUCUUUACAGCAAUCCCACAGACUCUGGUGUCGGUCUGAAUUCCCUUUGGUAUCUGUCCUGCAGUUGUUGGCUCAGACACCUGACCACAGGAGAGCUGAACCGAGAGGUGCAGACAGCCCUGGGCUGGAAAGGAGUGUCCGUGGGGUGAUGAACGCUGUGAACUGCACACGUGUUUUAAUAGGCAAGUCAGAUAUUGACUGGUCCUAUGUUGAGCCCAUGGUGGUUACAGGCAUUGUUCCUGGACUCUGGUGAUUCCCCAUCCUGCCCUUUUCUUUACAGAUAAAUGGAUGAUCUUUGUUCAGCCUGGAGUGUUAAUUUUCUUCCUUGGCAUAAAUCAUCUUUGAUAAUUUCUGGGUUGAUAUGUAAGCCCCAUGCUGUACAUAAAUGAAUGAGUGAUACGAGGAAUAUCUACAAAUGUAGUUAUGUUGUAUGUAAUGUACAUAAGGAGAGAAUGUAUUUUGUUCAUUUUUUUUUUCUUAAUAAAAAUGUAUAUGCUA